GGCCAGCUGUGAAAACACACCAGUUACGGUGAAUUUUAUCACUUUUAAGUGUAGUAUCUGUCAACCGAAGGAAAGCAGCAAGAUAUGCAGCAAUGAAGCGGGUCCGUACAGAACAGAUUCAACAUGCCGUGACACAGUAUCUGAAAAGAAGGCAGUAUGUAGACAUAGAUGGCUCCUUAAAGGGAGCAAAGUUUUCUCAGUCAGCGGAAGAGAUGGCUGCCAACCUCACUGUUCAAACGGAGUCCAGUUGUGCCAACGUGGUGUCUGCGGCCCCUUGCCAGUCAGAUCCACAGCAGUACGAGAUCCAGUUCUCCAAACUACGCACUUUCCUCACGGAGAUGGAGGUUCCGUUGGCUAAAGAGGUGAGCCAGGUCCUGUAUCCUCUCUUCGUGUACCUACAUUUGGACAUGGCACACUGCGGCCUGAAGGGGGCGCUGGACAGCUUCUACAGCCGCUUCCACUCACAGUUUCAGCAGGAUCCAGAGCAGAGGGCUGUGGUGGAGCAGCUCCGGGGAGUGCUGUCCUCUCAGGAUGUAGCCGCGAACCCUAAGCUCUGCGCUUUUUUGGACCAUAAAUAUGUGGUUCACAUGACUGACCAGGCCUACAGUUACCUACUGCGCUACCUGCAGAGUGAUGACAACAGCGCCCUCUGCAGGGCCCUCAGCACACACCUACAGGUCGAGGUGACAGCCGUACGCAGGACGGACUACCAGCUCUACGGGGCAGGGCUUGGGACGGGAAACUCCGCCUCCUCCACGUCCUCCUCCACCACCUGGGCGGGCGUGGACGGUUCGGAGGGGGCGGAGGCGGUGGAGGUGGGGGCGGGCCUGCCCCAGAACGAAGCCGCGUUGGAGGCGCUUCAGGACUGCAUCAAGCGCGUGCGGGAGGGGCCUCCGUCGCUCACGACGGUGUGUUUCUACGCCUUCCAGCACACGGAGCAGCUGCUGAACGCGGCCGAGGUGUCGGCCGACAGCCGGCUGCUGGCGGCCGGAUUCGAUAACUCGGCCGUGAAACUCUGGAGCCUGCGGGCGAGGAAGCUGAAGGCGACGCCUCACCGGGCUGACGUGGCCAAAGUGAGGCUGGCCUGUGACAUCCUGGAAGAGGAGACCGACGAUGAGGACGCCUCGGGGAGUGAGAUCAAGACUCUUCGUGCGCACUGCGGCCCGGUGUACCGCACGGCAUUCCUGACCGACAGCUCCGGCCUCCUGUCCUGUUCCGAAGACUCCACCAUCCGUUACUGGGAUCUGUCCAGUUUCACCAACACUGCCCUCUACCAGGGCCACGCCUACCCGGUCUGGGACGUGGACGUCAGCCCCUGCAGCCUCUACUUCUGUAGCGCGUCCCACGACCGAACCGCCCGUCUCUGGACGUUCUCCCGCACUUUCCCCCUCCGCGUCUACGCCGGGCACCUCUCCGACGUGGACUGCGUCAAAUUCCACCCCAACUCCAACUACCUGGCCACCGGAUCCACCGACAAGACCGUCCGGCUCUGGAGCACCCAGCAAGGGGGUUCGGUCCGGCUUUUCACCGGGCACCGGGGGCCGGUUCUGGCCCUCUCCUUCUCCCCGAACGGGAAGUACCUCGCUUCCGCCGGGGAGGACCAGAGGGUCAAGCUGUGGGACCUGGCUUCCGGAACUCUCUUUAAAGACUUGCGCGGACACACGGAUAGCGUCACGAGCCUCUCCUUCAGUCCGGACAGCAGCCUGAUAGCCUCCUCGUCCAUGGACAAUUCCGUAAGGGUCUGGGACAUUCGGAAUUCCCACGGAAGCACCCCGCCGGACGGAUCCAGCAGCGAACUCUUGGGGUUGUACACGGAAAACACCAGCAGUGUGCUGAACGUCCAGUUCAUGGCCUGUAACCUGCUCCUGGUGACGGGAACGGCCCAGGAGAAACAGGAGCAGUGA